GGGCGGUGCGCGUUUGCGGUCCACGGCGUAGCCGAGCCGACGGCGCCGGGGCCUCCUGCCGCGGUCUUCCCGACAUGCCGGAGGAGGCGGCCCUCCCGCCGGCCAAGAGAUUCCGGCCGGGCUCCUGCCCUCCCGGGAGGCGAGUGGUGAUGCUGUUGGCGCCUGGCGGCGGCGGAGCAGGAGGAAACCGGAGGCAGACACCGCCGCUGGCCCAGCCCUCGGCCAGUCCCUACCGCGAGGCCCUGGAGCUGCAGCGCCGGAGCCUGCCCAUCUUCCGGGCGCGGGGGCAGCUGUUGGCUCAGCUCCGAAACCUGGACAGUGCGGUCCUCAUCGGGGAAACUGGCUCUGGGAAGACAACUCAGAUCCCACAGUAUCUCUAUGAAGGGGGAAUUAGCCGCCAGGGCAUCAUUGCAGUGACCCAGCCCCGUCGAGUCGCUGCCAUCUCUCUUGCUACUAGAGUCUCAGAUGAGAAGAGGACUGAACUCGGGAAGCUGGUUGGCUAUACUGUGCGCUUUGAGGAUGUCACUUCAGAAGACACCAGGAUCAAGUUCCUGACAGAUGGCAUGCUUCUUCGAGAAGCAAUUUCAGACUCCUUGCUUCGAAAGUACAGCUGUGUCAUUUUGGACGAGGCCCAUGAGCGGACUAUCCACACAGAUGUGCUCUUUGGAGUGGUGAAGGCAGCGCAGAAGAGGCGAAAGGAGCUAGGGAAACUGCCUCUCAAAGUGAUUGUGAUGUCAGCUACCAUGGAUGUUGACCUGUUUUCUCAGUAUUUCAAUGGCGCUCCUGUCCUGUACCUUGAAGGUCGGCAGCACCCAAUCCAGAUUUUCUAUACGAAACAGCCUCAGCAGGAUUACCUGCACGCAGCGCUCAUCUCGGUCUUCCAGAUCCACCAGGAAGCCCCCCCUUCUCAAGACAUCCUAGUGUUCCUUACUGGUCAGGAGGAAAUCGAAGCAAUGAGCAAAACCUGCCGAGACAUUGCAAAGCACCUCCCUGACGGCUGCCCUGCCAUGCUCGUCCUUCCUCUGUACGCCUCCCUGCCCUACUCACAGCAGCUUCGAGUCUUUCAAGGGGCCCCAAAGGGCUAUCGCAAAGUGAUCAUUUCAACCAACAUCGCUGAAACCUCCAUAACCAUUACAGGAAUAAAAUAUGUAGUUGACACGGGCAUGGUUAAAGCAAAGAAGUAUAACCCUGACAGUGGUCUUGAGGUACUAGCUGUACAACGAGUGUCAAAGACCCAGGCCUGGCAGCGCACAGGGAGGGCUGGCCGAGAGGACAGUGGCAUCUGCUACCGGCUCUACACGGAGGAUGAGUUCGAGAAGUUUGAGAAGAUGACGGUACCAGAGAUUCAGAGGUGUAACCUGGCAAGUGUGAUACUGCAGCUGCUAGCCAUGAGAGUCCCAAAUGUCCUCACCUUUGACUUCAUGUCCAAACCAUCUCCAGAUCACAUUCAGGCGGCCAUUGCCCAACUGGACCUGUUAGGUGCUCUUGAACAUAAGGAUGACCAGCUUACCCUGACUCCAAUUGGAAGAAAGAUGGCAGCAUUUCCUUUAGAGCCCAAAUUUGCCAAAACUAUACUCCUGUCCUCCAAAUUCCAUUGUACGGAAGAAAUUCUGACCAUAGUCUCCCUGCUGUCUGUGGACAGUGUCCUUUAUAACCCUCCUGCCCGGAGAGAUGAAGUGCAAAGUGUCCGGAAGAAAUUCAUAUCCAGUGAGGGGGAUCACAUCACCCUGCUCAACAUCUACCGGACCUUCAAAAACAUAGGUGGGAAUAAGGACUGGUGCAAAGAGAAUUUUGUCAACAGCAAGAAUAUGCUACUAGUAGCUGAAGUCAGAGCACAGCUGAGGGAAAUCUGCUUAAAGAUGUCAAUGCCAAUCAUGUCAUCUCGAGGGGACAUGGAGAGUGUCCGCCGCUGCCUGGCUCACAGCCUCUUUAUGAGUACUGCCGAACUCCAGCCAGAUGGCACCUAUGCCACCACAGACACACACCAGCCAGUGGCCAUCCACCCAUCGUCUGUCCUGUUCCACUGCAAACCUGCCUGUGUGGUAUACACUGCACUGCUCUACACCAACAAAUGCUACAUGCGUGACCUCUGUGUUGUGGAUGCUGAGUGGCUCUAUGAGGCCGCCCCUGACUACUUCCGGAGGAAGCUGAGAACUGCCAGAAACUGAUCCACCCCAGAAUGCUGCCAGCAUGGCUGGGCCUGCAACUUAGGUCACAGCUAUCUUCCAAGUAGACUCAAGCUGGAGGAACCGUGCACUUCAGUGCAGCCAGACUCACUGAGUUCAAGAGCUUGGAAGUGCUGAUGAAACUCCUUAGACUCAGCCUUGGAGACGUGCUCAUGCCUAGACCGUGAGAUGCGAGGCUUGUGCUUUGGGUUUGACUGGGCAAUUUCUAGUGACUGGAUUAACUUCAGAGCCUCAGUUUCUUCAUAUGCCAGAGGGGUAAGACUUAGAAGUUCAGAGUAAUGAAGUUUAGAGAAAAUGAACAGAAAGCGACCCAGAGGUUUGCCUGGCACAAGAUAAGACAAUCAGUGAAUUAUAAGCCAUUGUGAUAUAAUUAGGUACAACACAGCCCUUGAGCUCUUGUGACUGGGGAAGGGGAAUGUUUCUUGGAGGAGCCAUAGGAAGCUACAGAUCCAAUUGGUUGACCUCAGUGUUCCCCCUUGCUCCCUCCUCAUGGACGCAGGGCCUCAUACAUGCUAUGCAAACACUCUGCCACUGAGCCAGUCCCCAGCCUCCACUACUAUUUAAAGACCUAUAUGUCUUCGAAAUCGAAAACAGAAGAAGCUGAGUCCCUCAGAUACUGCCAGAGUAAGGCACAUUCUGACCUCAUGGCUCAGGGCGUAAGGAACAGAAGAAGCUGAGUCCCUCAGAUACUGCCGGAGUAAGGCACAUUCUGACCUCAUGGCUCAGGGCGUAGCUCCUUCUCUCGUCCGCCUCCAAGCAGAAACCGGCAAAGCAGUUCCGUGGUUGGUCCUCAGUGCCUCCGUGGCUGUGUCCCCAGCAGUGCUUUCGGGAGACAUGCAGAUUUCCUGAAAUUGGGAAGCCAGCUUUUCAGUGCAGCAGCCUUCUGAAGCCCAGUGGUCGUUUUCUCUUGGGUGGGCACCUACAAAUGUGUGUCCAUGAUGCUUCAUGCCCAUUUCAGCAGUCUCUGUUCAGGUGAACCCUAGUCGGAGCUGCUGGGUGGCAGGGAUGGGACAGAUGCUUGACGGCUCAGAAGCUGGGUAUCAGUUCGUCCUUUUUACCACUCCCAGUCUUUGUGGUUUUGGUCUUACUGGUUUUUUCCUCUUUGUUGCAGGGACCUGGGGAGAGUUAGCUUUGCCACUUCCUUACCAGGUGCCACUCUCCAACCUUCAUUGUCUACAUUUGUCAGAGGGAAGUAGAGAAGCCUUGCCAUCCCUUUCCUGUCUAGAAAAGAUUCAUCUUAGUUGAUUGUUAGGAGCAAACAGUCCCUAGUGUGGUGAUCAUACCUGUAACCCAGCUGAGGGGAGGACUGGGUUCUAGGCCAGCCUGGGCUGGACCUUGUAUCCAAGUGGAGGGGAAGAGAGGAGAGAAAAAAGCACUCUUUUCCUAGGAAAUGUUUGACCCUAGAAAAAGCCAAAUAUAGCCCUUUAAUUAGUUGGUCCAGACGCAGCUCUACUGCUAGGAUUCUGUCAUUAUAAUAUGAAUUGUGUUGUUUUUGAGCCAAACCGCCUACAAGGUACUUCAAAGACAGUGGGCAGUUUCUUCUCUCUGGGUUCAACAUGUUCUUUCCAGAGAGCAUAGCCUGAGUGAGCACUUCCAUUCCCAGGGUGUCACUGGUCCACAGCUGUGUAUGUUGAGUCUGGUCUGGGCUUUAUUAUAACCCUAGCCAUGAGCAAUCAAGCUUUUAGCCAGUGUUUAGGGUUGUCUGGGUACUCGUGACUUCUUUGAUAAAAUGGUUACAUUACCAACUUCUGAAAAGCUAUUGAGAAAAUUUUUCCUUUUAAAGUGUAUUUUUCCUAUUUACACAAAGGGGCAGGGGUGUUUAUUUAGCCUUGCUUGGUAAGAGAAACUUUUGUAUUUUUAGUGGAACAUUCAUUAUGCUGGUUAAAGAAAACAAGGGGAGGCAGUGUAUUCCCCAGUAAAUAAGAGGAUGUUUUCUAGGUCAGUAAAGACUUGGCGUGUAUGGAUUCACUCCAGAGCAGGUCCUGGGAACUUGGAGUGACUGGCUCCUUCCCGGAAAAGGGUGAAGGACAUUUGGAGUAGAUUUAAUGUUUCUGUACAGAAAUAUGUUCAUCACUUUAACAUUCUGGUAGAAUUUUAAUAGAGUAUUUAGUUUUUUUAUUGGGCUUUUUAAAAAAUAGCUUUUUAAUAAAGCUGCUCAGGGAUUAAAUCAGAUGGAAAUUCCAUUCUGACUCCAUGUUACUACAAAGAAGUUAAUGAUUGCUUGAGCUGCAGGGACGGUGCACUUUAAGCUUUCUUAAGAAAGUAAAAUGUUGCUUGGCAGUGGUGGCACCAUACCGCCUUUAAUCCCAGCACUCGGGAAGCAGAGGCAGGUGGAUCUCUGGGAGUUUGAGACCAGCCUGGUCUACAGGAGCUAGUUCCAGGAUAGCCAGAGCUAUGCAGAGAAACCCUGUCUAAAAAAACCAAACCAACAAAAAGUCAACUGUUUCGUGGUUUUACUGCGAUGCGACCUGAGCUGCUUUUCAGUUGGUGAACUCUCCAGCCUAAAGAAUCCAGUCUGCGCAGAGGAGCCUCGAACAGAUGAACCUCACACAGCCAUGCUGCAACACCCACGGCGAUGGUUUCAUUACCAGGUCCCCAGUGAAAACCUUUGCACCUCUUCCAGUUGUUACAAGAUUUCAAACAUUUACUGUGACACAAAUCAUUGUACUCCAACUACCAGGGUCUGUUUGGAACUAUGCCCAUGCAUCCAAGAUGCCAUUCUUGAGCACAUCAGCUAGACUGUACUGUACUGUGGGGGGAAAUUUUAUAUUGAUUGCUGUUGUGUAGGAAAAAAUUAAAGAGCAAAGAUACCAAGUUGAUUUGGACUUUGCUGUAUUCUGAUCUCAAACAUAACAUAAAAACAGUUCUUAUGUGCAAUGCUUAAAUUUGCUUAUGACUAUAUGAAUAUUAUUUAUAUAUGUGGCCUUUUUGGGGCCUCCUUU